GUUGAAGGCAAUAAGAGAACGACUGAGACAAUAGAGAUGAGCAAAGUUAUAUAAGGAGUGAUAGUUCUCUACAAAAUCGAUCUAUUCCAUCUUCAUCACCAUCUUCUUUCUUCUUUCCUCAUACCACCAUCAUCAGCAUUCCUGUCAGACUUUUCCAAAGCAAUUCCCAUUGAAAAGCUUCUUCGUGUCGAUCCUGCAAACAACAAAAUGACAAAUGAAACACCCAGACGUCGUUCAUUGCUGGAGCUCCCUGCGGAGAUCCUCCAGCACAGCUUGGGCUUCCUCGACGAGGAAGAACUGCGUCGCAUCGUGCGAGACGUGGAGGACCUCGCCUCGCACGCCAAAGAGGUAAUCAAACUUCGCUUCAUAGAGAAAAAUACUUACACCCUUCCAGACGAAGCUGCCGUUCUCGAGCGUUACGGUGGUAGACUCCCCGACAACGUGCUGCCCACUAACCACCUCCGCCAUCCCUGCGAGGUGCCCUUCAUUCGCGCCCCCGACACCAUUGCGGGCAUCAUCAGGACUAAUAACCUCGAGAUCCUAAAGGUGCUAGUUAACGCCGGUCUGGACCUGAUGUCCUUCAGCUUGAAUGGCUGGCGUCUGCUGGGUCUAGCUCUCGCCUGGGGCAGCAAUGCCAUUGCAAAGUACCUCAUAGCCAGGAUGAAGCCCGAGGACCUGCUCUAUGGCGUCUGUCGCGUUGGAAGACGGGGCGAGCCACCGAACUUCCUCACCCUGGCGGCAUACCACAGCGCCGACAUGUUCAGCAGGAUGUGGCAGCGUGUCCGCCGUCUGCCAAACUGGCAGGCCCAAGUGACUGAAGUGGCUCAGUACCAGCUGUGCAGACACGCAGAUGCGCUUCUGGCCUGGGACCUCGCCGAGGACGGGGUGGAUAUUGCUGUGUGUAUCCUGCCCUUCCUGGGGAGAAACGCCUGGCAUGCGGCUGCCGAGUCCAACGACAACAUGGACUUUUUUGAGUACUUGUACGGCCGUAUCCCCGAGGCGAUUAACAACGGCAACGCGGAGAACGGGCGCACGCCGCUUAUGAUCGCUGUCACGGAGCAGUGGCAUGAUCGUACGGAUGCGAUCAGAUGGAUGCUCCGGCAUGGAGCUGAUCCGAGGAUGGAGGUUGGGGGGAGGACUGCGGCUUGGUUUGCGAGCGCGGCGCACAACUUUCAGUUGGCGAGUCUGCUUUCCUCUGCCGCCUCUUCUCCGUACUCUGAGUCGCUUCGGGGCUGAUACUGCAGGUUUCGUCGAACAUUAAACCACAAAAUCAACCAAAAAAAGAAAUAUAAAGUUCGGUAUGUUUCUCUCCCCUGGUUUCGGUUUUGCAUUGGUUCUUGUUCUGGUUUUGGUUUAAGUCUUGUUUUGAUUUUAGUACUGGCUCAUAUCGAAGCAAUAUCAUCACUCAUUGAUUCUCAUCUCGAGACAACCUGGUAGUCUGUAGACACGUAACCCAUUGUAGGCGUAGGCGUAGAGUAGGGCAGCCUCUUAUCUGAGGCAGAUUCAUUAAUGACAGAGAUGACUCCAAAUUGGUAGCCAUAAUCAUUGAACCUUGCCUCUGUAGUUUGAGGGAGAGAUCAGGCGGCUACCUUCAUCCGGUGAAAGAAGGGACUCCGCGAAAUGAUACUGAAA